CGAGUAAACCUUUGGAAAAUCAGCCGUUCGACCAGAUGGGCCUCCAUCGGAUGUCGCUAUUGGUGUUGGUGAGGGUGUGAGAAAAUUAAAGGGAGAGAAUUUUUGUACGAAACACGAAAAGUGUCCGAUUAUCAUCGUCGUACCGAAAUCAGUUUUCCGUACCCUCCCUUGAGUUUGGUUGGUGUCGUCCUCGCGGCUGAGUGCGUACACGAGCAGCUAAUUGAUUGCAACAAGAAACGCUUGGGGCACAAUCACUUCAGCGCCUGAACAGUGUGAAACCAUUUAUUUGCAUACCUUUAGGAGUAAGCAUCCGAAAAACCCCCCGCAGGAUCGCAGAAAAACUUUCUUCUCUGUUUUUCCCGUAUUUUCAACGAAAGAAAAAAGUCUGUGCUUUCCCGAGUGAGAAUUGGCAAAUUUUUCGCAUCGGUAGACGAAAAAGAAAAGUGCAAGUAUAAAUAUUUUACAUCCUCAUAAUAGUGCGGAAGGAAAAUGUCAGCCAUUGAACUGCUGAAGGAACUGGUAAAGGCCUCGGAAAGAGCAGCGAACAUUGCGAGGCUCUGUCGCAAGGAUGAACAUUUGUUCGGUUUGCUAAUUCAGGAAAAGCCCCGCGAGGAGGCCAACACUCGUUUCGAACAUGAUUUUAAGACCCUGGCAGAUUGCCUAAUUCAGGAAGCUGUGAGGCAUAAUAUUGGACAAAAGUUUCCGGAGCUGCGGGACAGCAUUAGGGGUGAGGAAAAUCCUAGCUUUACAAACGCCAGCGGAGAAUCGAUUGUUGUGGCUGUAGGCGAGGAUAAGGAUGAAACUAUCGAAAGUAUUCAGAAGAUAUUGAACGGCGAUAGAGUUGCUGCCGAACGAUUGGUUGAGGAAGUGUACAAGGAUAUUGAAAUUGAUCUGGACAAAUGGCAAAUUCCGGAUGAGUCGAUUGCGCUGGACAAUGAACUGGUCGAUUUGGGAAUCUGGAUCGAUCCCAUCGAUGGCACUGCGGAGUACAUCAAGGCGCAAGAAAAACCCACCAAAUAUCCUAACAUUAUGGCGUCAGGGCUGAAAUGCGUCACUGUGCUGAUUGGCGUUUACGAAAUACCACGUGGGACGCCGAUUAUCGGUGUCGUAAAUCAGCCUUUCGCCAACGAAGUCGAUGCUGGCGAGUACGAAGGCAAGAUAUUUUGGGGUCUGACUGUGGGCGAUCUGAAGUUCAAUAAUAUUGCUCCGGUCGAAACGGAAGAUCGCAUCGCUCUACUUUCGCCGUCAGAACAAUCGAAAUAUGUCGAGUUCUUGAAAAACCAAUUGAAAUAUGAUAUCGUAUACUCGUCUGGAGCCGGUCACAAAAUUCUAAAAGUUGCCACGGGUGAAGCUGAGCUAUUUCUCCUCAGCAAGGGCAACACCUAUAAGUGGGACACUUGUGCCCCUCAGGCGAUUCUACGAUCUCUGGACGGGGAGCUGUUCGAUCUUCAGGAUACGCUUAUCAAUAAAUCGUUGAAGAAAAUUUCAUAUCAUAAUCGGACGGUCAUUCGCAACAUGGGCGGCCUGAUUGCCUAUCGGAACAUCGAAAAGUUCAAAGAUUUCCUCAAGUUUGAUGUUUUUAGGACUGUGGCAAAAGCUUCCAAACCCGGUAAGCCCAAACCAAAAACCAUGGCCAAAAAAGAACCACUCAUCCUCUCGAAUCGGCCAAACAAACGAACGCCUCCAGAAGCCCCGAAGGAGCGCAACGAAAAAGGAAUCAUCUAUGUGAAACACCUGCCACAUGGAUUUUUCGAAACCCAACUGAGACAAUUCUUCGGUCAGUUUGGUGAAGUAACCCGGGUACAUGUGGCCAGAUCCAAACGUACGCUUCGAAGCCGCGGCUAUGCCUACGUGGAGUUUCGCUUCCGAGAGGUCGCCCAGAUAGCUUCAGAGACCAUGAACAAUUAUUUAAUGUUCGGGAAAAUUCUGAAAACUGGAAUCUUGCCGGCCGGUGCCAAAAGGAUUCCGGCGCGUUAUGAGAUGGCAUACGACGCCGAGGGGAACAAAACCAGCUCGUACAAGCUGUGGCUCAAGCGAAUGGUAGCCAAAAGCAAUGGACGAGUGACCAAGACUAAGGUGGUGAAACGGAACAAGCGCUCGCUGGCCAAACUGAAGCAAAUGAAGAAGCGCUUCGGGGAACUGGGGGUCGAUUUCGAUGUCGAUCAGAUUGCCCCGGAUUACAGUAGCGAGGAUUUGACACUACCCCCGGUUGAUGAGGAGGAGGCGAAGAUUCAGGCAGCGAAGGAAAAACGGAAGGCCCGGAAGCAAAAGGUGGACAAACUGGAGAUUUCCAUCGAUAGUACGAAAACUGAAGAGAAAGCGGACGUUAGCCAGGAUUCCGUCGACAACGAUGACGACACAGACGAAGAUGCCAGCUUCCUUCCGCUGGAAUCGACCGAUUGGGACGUUCCCGGAUCAACAGACAGUUCAGAUGACGAAAAUCUCGAUCAGGAGCCGUCAAAGAAAAAGUUAACGCUAAAACCUACGGCUGCAAGCCAGAAACUUAAAUCGCAAGCAGUGGAAUUCGCUACCAAAAUGAAGCAGCAAAUCGACAGUGACAAGAAAAAAGGACAAGGUAAAGCGACGACUGGACCAGGUAAGAAAUCAGCGGCAGGAGCUAAACGGCCACUUGUUCUGCGGCCACCGAGUACUUCGGCUGAUGAAAGUUCCCCCGAAAAGCCAGUUGCUAAAGGUAAGAAACAAAAAGUGCCUGCUAAAGCAAAACUCCAGAGCUCAGCAAAGGUACCAGAUGCUAAGGAAAAGAAAUUAAUCGGUGGAGGUGUUGUCAAGAAAGGCAAGGACAAGAAAAAGCUGCAAAAGGCGCCGGAAGCCAGCAGUACCCUGAAAUCCGUCGCCAAAUCCAUGAUGAAGGAUCCAAACGUUAAGAAGGUAAAGAGCAAGGAUAUCGGCAAAAAGAAGAGGAAAUAAAUAUUUUAAAUUUUA